CCCUCAAGGAAUGUUGCUGUUUUUUUUUUUUUUUUAUGUAAACUGAACUGAGCCAAUUUUUGCGCUCUAAGAUGCCACGGAGUGCUCUUGUGACCACAAAGACUGUUUUAGGAUGCUGCUGAAGUUUGAUCAUACUAUUGUAGGGUAGGUUAUUAUUACAGUGCAAGCUGUUUUACUUUAAGAAUACGGUGUCGUCUAUGGACGCUGGAAUUAUGGGAUGGAGCUCCAUGGACAAAGUUCUGGCCUUGUUUUGGCAACUUCUGCACUUCGUUCAGGCUUUCAGUCUUCCAUGUCCCAGAAGUCCAUCCUCUGUCCAUGUGCAGGUGGCGUUUCAGUGUUUUCCGUCACAGACAGCUAAUUUUUACACACUUUCAUUGGGAAACAAGGUACUGUGCAGUAUUGCAGUUUGUGAAGACGUUUGUGAGUGUGUGAGGACUUUCAGAGGACCACAAGUGAAUGAGAAACUGGAAUAUAGUCUGCAGUCAUACAACAACACAGAACUGCUGGAUGCCAAGACUUUCCAACUUGUUCCCCUCCUAAGGUCCUCUUUAAGCAUGGAGAUCUCUUCCACGACUGCCAUGUUCAGCUGGUCUACAUUAGAUGGUGAAAGUGUCUUGGAUGUGUGUUUGGAUGAGCAGUGUUUUGUUGCAUCCAAUUUUCAGUCAUUCCACCAGGUGAAAGGGUUACAACCUGGACGUCGUUACAAUGUCACUGUGAAAAAGAAAACUUUCUUCCCUCAACUCCAAAUUAACAUUACACAAAGCCUUCAGCUGGCCAUAAAGACGGGUCAGUGUCCCGUUGGCUGGUUUGCUGUGGAGUGGAGCUGUUAUAAGGUGAACCCAAGGUUCCAGUCAUGGUCUGGAGCGAAGCAAAUGUGUGAAAGAUCCAUCCCAGGGUCACAUCUGGCCAACAUAAAGACAGAUGCAGAGUUUCUGUCCAUCACAUCCUUCUUAAAGUCCUGUGACCAUCUUCUGCUGUUGUGGACGGCUUUGAAUGACCAUGAGACAGAAGGUGAACUCCGCUGGUCUGAUGGCUCUGCCUACAACUUAAAUAUUGAAGUGACAUCAUCUCUUGCACCCAAUCAAACGGGCUGUGUUGCGAUGCAGAAGAAUGCCGCUGGUCCAGGAUACUUCUUCACUGCUUUUCCGUGUUACCUGCAGCUCCCCUAUAUAUGUCAAGAGGAGUUGUUGCAGAGCAGUAGGGAAUGGCUGUUCCUGGAGAGUGUGUGUGAGACAGAAGCAGCAUUUAUCUGGUCUAAUGAAUCUCAACUUGACUUAUCUGCUGGUUUUUCACUCGCUCUACAAUCAGAAGAUGACUCAGUUGAAGGAGCCCUGUCAAAUAGGCCACUCAUAAACACUCAAGGCAGAGUGAGAGUUCAAGGACUCUCUCCUGGACACGUCUAUCAUUUCUCAUUGGUUCUUACACGCCCCAGUGGGGCGUCUCAGACACUUGGACCCAUUUUCAUUGUCAAUACAAAGCCAAAUCCUCCUCAGAAUCUCACAAUGACAGCUGUUACGUCCAGUCAGAUUGCAGUGUAUUGGACCGCCCCCGAUUCUACCCAGAAUGCUCUAUUCAAGCAAUACAUCCUGCACUGGGUGGAUCUAUCCUCUGGCAGAAGCCAUUCUAUUCAGUUAGACAAGACAAAUCAGAGUGCUGUGAUUGCUGGGUUGAAGGCGUAUCAUGCUUACAAGAUCACAGUUUUGUCUGUCACUGCUCAAGAUGUGGAAAGCAAUGACAGUAUGUCCGUGACUGUCAUCACAGAGGUUAGUCCUCCACGCAAGGUCUCAGUUGAUGCUGUGGGUUUGGAGAACGUGACUGUGUGCUGGUGGCCUCCACCUGAUGAGGAAGUUGAUGAAUAUUACAUCCGACUCCAUCCACAAACAAAUCAGGCCCAAACUAGAGAGUUCUGGGUAAAUAGCUCCACCUGCGUCUCUCUUGCACAGCUCAAACCAGGUGGGACGUAUGAAGUGGAAGUGGCUGCAGUGAAGGACAAAAACAAAAGCGCACCAAUUACCAUUCAAAAGACUCUGAAACCUGAUAGCAUCCAGAUAGCUGUCCCAUAUGCAGUUGGCACACAUUCUGUGGAGCUCUUUGUGCAGAUGCCCAGAAACAGCAUUUAUGACGGCAUCACCAUUACUUACCAAAAUAAUCGAACCUGGAUGCCAGUGUCCAAAGACAGCACCAAAGUGGUUGUCGGCAGCCUGAAUCCAGGGACGCAGUAUAACUUUUAUGUGUUUGUGACCAGCAGAGACACAAGCAGUGACGGUUUUGCUUUACCACCUGUGAGCACCUGUUUGGCUCCUCCCACCAAUGUGCAUGCUGGUGUUGUGACUGACAGUUCUAUAGAGAUCUUGUGGGACAGGGCUGAGGGGGACGGUCAUCAUUAUGAGGCGCUGUGUAUGAACUGCCCUGAUUCUGUGUUUGUGCAGAAGGUAGUAGACCCUAGAGCAGUUUUUAAAGAUGUGAUAGCAGGAGAGCUGUGCAACUUUUUAGUUCGAACAGAGAAGGAAUUUUUCAUUGACAGUCCAGCAGUGAUUAUAGCCGUCAGAGCUGCUCCCAGUUCGGUCACCUUGUUGCCUGUGCAGAGGACAUCAGCAUCUCUCAGUGUGCUCUGGGGGACAGGCCAGGGGGUCUGUGACUCAUUCAUCCUGUCCAUCAGAAACUCAACCUUUAUCCUGCAGACCAAUCAGAGUGCGUCUGAUGACAGAACAUUUCGCUUUGACAACCUGUUGCCUGGAAGUGUGUAUACUGUCGAAGUGAGCAGUGUUAGUGGAGACAGGCGAAGUUUACCUGCUUCUGCAAUUGCUAACACACUUCCAGAACCUCCUGAUGACCUCACUUGCAUUGAACAGGAAGUGAGCAGCAUGUACGUGAUAUGGAAACACCCACCAGGCAGAGUGGAUGGUUACAGGUUGCGAUAUGGCCUCGCGGGUGACCGUCCUCUGCAACACCAGAUUGAUCUCCAUGGAAACAGUGUCAGUAUUCAUGACCUGACCCCAGGAAGUGAUUACAGGUUUGAGAUCCAGUCCUUCCUGGGGUCAGAUUUCAGCCAGACCACAUUCAAAAACAUCUCUACUAGGCCAGCAGGUGUGUGUUCACUCUCUGUGUCUCACGUCAACAUCACAUCAGCCACAGUGGCAUGGGCACCAGCUGCUGGCUAUUUUGAUUUUUAUAAAGUGACCAUCAGUAAUGGCUCUCAAAUCUGGACGUUAGACGUGAGUCCACACUUGCAGGAGGUCACCGUCAAUGGCCUGUGGAGCGGCUGCUCCUAUAACACCACUGUACAACGCUUCAGAAACACCAUCGGUGGAACCGCUGCCACCAUCACUAUACACACAGUGCCUGCCAGUCCUGAAGGGUUGCGUGUGAUCAGUGUGUCACCUCGUGCUUUCUCUCUCCACUGGCUUGCAUCACCUGGAUGUGAUAAGAACUACCUGAUCCAAGUGCUUCCUGACCAUGGCAAUAUUACCAUCACCACAAAAACAGACAGCUACGUCCAGGCUCAAGUGUCCAGUGUAACCCCUGGAACAUCAUACACCAUCACGGUCAAUGCAGUGGCUUCGUCAGGGUUCAGCUCACCUGUCAGCCGAAUACUUGUCACCACUAUUGAGUCAUUACCUGCGGCCCCCUCUAAGCCAGAAGGUGAGCGGGUUGGUUCCAAUGGAAUCCUGCUGUCCUGGCGGAUGCCGAUGCCCCUUGACCCCACAAUUCACUCAUUUGUCAUCAAAUACAAGGAGAUGUGUCCAUAUCCCGACCCUACCUUCACUGAGGUCAUCAAGGGUCUGGACGUCCCAGAAACUCUUCUGAACACACUCACCCCUGGAGCAACCUACAACAUCAAGGUUGCAGCAAUAAACAAAGCAGGAACUGGACCCUUUAGCCAAUCUCUUUACUACAAAACAGCAGAGGCCCCCCCUGGUCUGGUGUCAAACCUCACAGCUUUUGCUGAUGAUCACACAUCAGUGUUAGUGACAUGGUUUCUCCCAGUACGCAUCAAUGGCCUUAUCGCUAAGUUCGCAGUGAAAGUCAAACAUGCCCGAACAGGCCAGAUCGUCCGCACGCUGGAGCUCAAUGCAGAGGACAUCAUGAACGGAGCUCUGCCUCACUGCAACGAUGCAGCGGACAUCUUAUCUCGUGGAACUCCAAGCCCGUCCGAGUCUUCCCAGUUGACGUCUGCUGCGCUCCCCUCUGUAACACUCUCAGCUGUUCCCCCCGCCUCCGUCUGGAGCGUUCCAAUCAGUGUAAAGAUUGAUGAGCUUCGCCCCUACACACCUUAUGUGUUUGAAGUCUCUGCCUUCACCAGUGAAGGGGAGGGACAGAUUGCCAGCACUAUGGUCCGCAUGCCGGAAGCUGCCCCUGAAGACCCGCCACAAAAUGUUGUUUUAAGAAACAUCACUUCCAAAUCUCUGUCUUUAACUUGGGACCCACCAAAGAUCACCACAGGACGAUUCAGUUACGUCAUCCAGCUCCACAGCUCUGAAGGGUUAAUUAGUGAGAACGGCACAAUCGAUCAAGGUUUUAUUUACACUGGACUGACUCCAUACACACAAUACUACAUCUAUGUGAUGGCCAAAUCCUCGGGGGCCACAGGACCGGCAGCAGUGGUCAACAUUACAACAAAAGCAGAAGCCCCGAAUGCUGUGUCUCAUCUGACAGCAGAGGCUGUGGACUCCACGUCGGUUCGUCUGUCCUGGAGAUCCCCGAGCCAACCAAACGGCUUGAUAAGCCAAUAUCGGAUUCUAGUGCUGUACCGUACUAUGCUUGUACAGAACAUCACCCUAAUAGGACAGAACGCUGUCUCUCAACAACUUCGUCGCAAUGCAAGGUCACUUGACAUCACCACAGAAUCUGCAUUCACUCUCACCUCACAUGGAACAUUUCUGACUUUGGGUCGCGGUCUUACCAACACUGACUCGGAACUAACCUCUGACCUUCCUUUGACCCCAAGCACCCCCCACACGCCUCCACCCUGGCUCACAGUUACCCACGACAGAACCAAUGCAUCUGUUCUGGCUGAGACUGAGGCUGUAACCGAGGACCCUUUGACUGAUUUUUCACCUCUUACUCUAGGCACUGACCAACCGCCAUUGGUUAACUUAAGCCCCUCCCAGCCCCGUCGUGUCACUAGGGCAGUGGCCACAGAUUACACCCAGCAGCAGACGAACCUCCCAACAAGAGCUGCCACUACCAUUGGAAUAGAAGUUCAACCAGCCAUUGAGGAGACAGCAGACCUGUCGUCUGAUCACAUCAUGUAUGUGGUUAGAAGGCUGAGCCCUUUCACAGAGUACAUAUUUAGCGUGUCUGCAACAAAUAUUAUUGGAGAUGGACCUUCCUCACAAGUAACAGUGAAAACAACUGAACAGGUGCCAAGCUCUGUUCAGAACGUGUCCUAUCAGAAUCUUACCUCCACCUCUAUCCGUGUUACCUGGGAGCCGCCCCUCAACCCCAACGGCAAGAUAACGCACUACGCUAUGUACGCACAAAAUCUCCUCACAAACCAGGAAUUACGACUGAUGACGGACAACACCACUGCGGUGCUCACAGGUCUGGACAAGUACAGCAGUUAUAAGGUGCGUGUGGCGGCAUCUACAGCUGUGGGGGAAAGCCCCAUGACCGAUGAAGACUACAUCUUUGUUGUGACACUAGAGGAUGAGCCGGAUUCACCCCCACAGGAUCUGGUUGUUGUGAAAACCACCUCCUCCUCUUCUACUCUCUCCUGGUCUCCUCCAGAGAAGCCCAACGGCAUCAUCCGCCUGUAUGAGGUCUCCUACACAAACGGCACAUACAGCAACACCGUCAACAGCACAUCACUCAGCGUCACACUGCACUACCUGAAGCCGUACACGCACUACAAUGUGACUGUCCGUGCAUUUACCCUGCAUGGACACGGGAACCAGAUUUCUGAUACUCUACAGAUGUUGUCCGGGGAGGAUGUGCCUGGCAGCCCACCUUAUGAUUUGACCUAUGAGAGCAUCGGAUCCAGCAAGGUGAACGUGACGUGGAUGCCACCGCUUCUCGCAAACGGCAUCAUCCUGUUCUACAACGUGGAAUACUGGAACGCCACACACAGUCUGAACCAAACCACACAUGUGCCUUAUGUUGUCCUGUCCAACCUGCGGAAGUAUGCGCGUUACCGCAUCAGCGUGCAGGCUGCCACACAGGUCGGCUUGGGCAACCACACGAGCGAGAUCCUGAACAUCACCACACUGGAGGACGUGCCGAGUGGUCCGGUCCACAACCUCACCGCUACGAUCUAUAGCUCUACGGCUGUAGUGAUCAGCUGGGACCCUCCUCUGGAGCCCAACGGCAGAGUCUUCUACCAGCUGAGCUUGCAAGAGGCGGGAACGACCCACCCGUCCAUCAACCGCACGGUCAACAUCACCAUCUCCAAGACAACCACAGACACCAUCUACCUCUUCACCAAACUCAGAAAGUAUUUUCCUUACAUCAUAAAAGUCACCCCAGCAACCGGUGCGGGAUCAGCUGUAAACCACACUGCAACCCUCCAACUUCGAACAGAUGAAGACGUCCCAAGUUCUCCUCCAUUGCCAGGAGCUAGUCGAAAUCUCUCCAGCACCUCCAUCCAUGUGUCCUGGUUCUCCCCUGUGGAAGCCAAUGGCGAGAUUAUAAAUUACACUGUAGUUUUACAGGGUCCUGGGGCCGUCAACAGAACCUACACCUCUGAAACGCACCUAAUUCUCUCAGAACUCACUCCGUUUUCAACUUACAAUCUCUCCAUCGCUGCGGUUACUCGCCAAGGUGUCGGCCCCUCUGUGAUUAUUCCACUACAUACUGAUGAAGCAGGUCCAAUGUCUCCACCACGCAAUCUGAGUAUUUUUAACCACACUGCAAAUUCAGUAUGGCUUCACUGGGAACCUAGUCUGGAGCCAAAUGGAAUAAUCCAGCACUACGGAUUCAGAAUACUCGAACUGAACACAUACACUUUCAGAUAUCAGAACUCAUCAGAUGCGUCUACGCAAGCAGAACUGAGUGGCUUCAGACCUCAUAAUUCAUAUGAAAUCAGUGUGUGCACAUUCACUAGAGCAGGAAAUGGGGAUCAGUACACCCUGCCUGUGAUAUUUACCACCAAUGAAUCAGUGUCAGAUUCAGUUGUAAAUCUGUCCUGCUCUGGAAUGGAUUGGAAUUCAGUGUACAUGGAAUGGGAGCUUCCGAUUCAUCCUAACGGAGAGAUUCUGCACUACCUCAUCCGCUCUGGCGAUCUGGAGGAGGAGGCCCAUCCUCUCACACUCACAUACACAGUGGCGCACACUGUUACUGGCCUGUCGCCUGACGUUUUCUAUGUCAUCAGCGUGGCUGCAGUUAAUUCAGCCGGAAUAGGGGAGGAAGCCAACUGCACGGCACACACUCCACCAGAGUCAGUUCCUGGUCCUCCCCAUUCGCUGACCAUAAUCGACGUUACCUCUGACAGUGUAUCUCUGAGCUGGCAACGUCCCGUCCAUCUUCCUGGUCUUCUGCAGGGUUUUAAUGUUGAAAUUGAGCAAUUGGCAAGAAAUUGUGAGCAAAAGCAGCCCGGGGAGUCCUGCGUGGAGAGUGAAUUUGUGGAGCGGGUUGAAGGACAAACCAGCGCAGUCACACUUUCCUCUCUGCUCAAGUAUAGAGACUAUCGUAUGAGAGUGGUGGCGUUCACCAGGGCUGGGGCCGGAGAACCCUCAGAGUGGAUCCACGCACAGACGCUCGCAGGAAACCCUGAUGCCCCUCCUGGUGCCAUCUCACUGGUUCCUUCUGCCACUGGGUUAAAGAUUGAGUGGGAUGAACCAUUGGUCAUCUCAGGGCCCACCUCAUACAUCAUUGACAUCACUGCCUUGGACGGUUCGGGAUAUAACAUUAGCUUAGUGCGGCAUUCAGAGGAGAUCAGGACGGUGGUUGUCGGGAACCUGACAGCAUUUACCCUGUACUCUAUUACCAUCACUGCCUUCACAGGGCAGCUUUCCAACGCUCGCAAAGACGGCAAAGCAUCUGAACCUGUACUUGCCAGAACGCUGGAGGAUGAGCCCAAAGAUCCUCCCCAAAAUUUGUCAUUGACGGUCAUUCCCGAGGAAGUGACACGUGUUUAUGUUACAUUCUCUCCACCGGAUGAGCCGAACGGAAACAUCAGUUCCUACCACGUCGCCAUCUACCGAAACGGACAACUGGAUUUCUACAUCAACAGCCUGUCUGUGAUCAGCAACCCUAAUAACACCAUGACGGCCGUUAUAGAUGGACUGAAGGGUGGAUUCAAUUACAGCAUAAGGAUAGCAGCCGUGAACGGAGCAGGUUUAGGCCCAAGUUCUGAGGUUCAUGUCACCACCGAUGUGAAAGCACCACCCAGGCCAACAAGGAUGCCGCGGGCUGCUCUGAACAAUGCAGGUGUUCCCAUUGCAACCUCCACGACCAUUACCAUAGAGAUGCCUGAAUGUUUCUUCACUGAUGACCAUGGACCAAUCCAAAAAGUCCAGGUCAUAGUUUCUGAACCAGCAGUUAUGGACUACGCUAAUCUGUCCAACUGGAAGAGUGUUUUCCAGCAACCUACCGCUCCGUACCUGACCGACGAGGGCUUCUUGAACCCAGGCUGUUUUAAGAAAUCAGAGCGCAUGAGCACAAACACCAACACCAACACGUACAUCAUAGGAGCAGACGAGGGCUGCCUGUCUGAAGAUGCCAAGACUCUUUGCAACGGACCCCUCAAACCCAAAACACAUUAUGUGUUCAAAUUUCGGGCGACAAACAUCCGUGGGCAGUACACCGACUCUGAGUACUCAGAGAAAGUCAGAACUGCAGAUGACCGCCUGCUAACCAGAAAUGAACAGAUCAUUCUUGGUGUCCUGCUGUCUUUUUUCCUGGCAUUGUUUUUCAUUCUGAUUAUUUACGGAUCUGUGAGAAUCCACCGCAGACAGAAGGAAGGUGGGACGUAUUCUCCACGCGAGGCUGAGAUUUUUGAGACAAAAUUCAAGCUGGAUCAGCUCAUUGCAGUGGCCGACCUGGAGCUCAAAGAGGAUAAGAUUAACCGGUACUCCUCCUUUUUCUUUAGAAGGAAGGAGAUUUUUGUCAUCCAGCUGCUAAGUUACAGGAAAUCUAUCAAGCCAAUCAGUAAGAAAUCAUUUCUUCAGCAUGUGGAAGAUCUUUGUGCCAAUGACAAUGCCAAGUUUCAGGAGGAGUUUGCUGAGUUGCCGAAGUUGCUUCUGGAUCUGGCCACUUCAGACGCUGACCUUCCCUGGAAUCGUUCGAAAAAUCGCUUUACAAACAUUAAACCCUAUAACAAUAACCGAGUGAAGUUACUGUCUGAGCCAGGAAUGCCGGGGUCUGACUACAUCAAUGCCAGCUUCGUCUCUGGCUAUCUGUGUCCUAAUGAGUUUAUAGCCACUCAGGGUCCUCUGCCUAGUACUGUCGCAGACUUCUGGAGGAUGAUUUGGGAGACUGGGACCAAAACCAUCGUUAUGCUCACGCAAUGCUUCGAGAAGGGCAGGAUCCGUUGUCAUCAGUACUGGCCAGAGGACAAUAAACCAGUCACUGUUUUUGCUGACAUCAUAAUCACUAAACUCACAGAGGACGUGCGCCCUGAUUGGACGGUCCGGGCACUCAAAGUGGAGAGGCAUGGCAACUACAUGAUUGUUCACCAUUUCAACUACACCUCAUGGCCAGAACAUGGCGUUCCGGAGUCCAGCUCCACACUCAUCCAAUUUGUCAAAGCGGUCCGCUCCAACAGAGGCCAUGAAAACACAACCAUUGUUGUCCACUGCAGUGCUGGUGUGGGCAGGACUGGGGUGUUUAUAGCCCUGGAUCAUCUCAUUCAGCAUUUGAGGGAUCAUGACUUUGUGGAUAUAUAUGGGCUGGUUGCAGAGCUGCGCAGUGAGAGGAUGUGCAUGGUGCAAAACCUGGCUCAGUACAUGUUUCUGCAUCAAAGCACUCUGGAUCUGCUUUCUGCUAAAGGAAACAGUCAGUCCAUUUGGUUUGUAAAUUACUCCGCUCUGGAGAAGAUGGACUCAUUGGAUGCGAUGGAAGGUGAUGUAGAAUUGGAGUGGGAAGAGACGACAAUGUAACAGGGACACUUGCGUUCUGUCAAUUUGAUGGUUGUGAAGGAGACAUGGAGACUCAUGAAAUUCCUACACAGAUGCUGGGACUUUGGAGCCUAGGGCCAAACACUGAGCAAAGGAUAAAAUGAGGAAUGGAAGUGAUUCAGAAGCAAACUCAAAUAUUCUUGCCUAAAUGGAUUGACUCUGGCUCACAAUCUCUCAUUUACAUCAAGGAGACACUCUCAUCCUUCAAAGUUUUUUUUCCCCAUAGUUCUUGUCCAACUUCUGUAAUUAUUUUAUCUCUACCUACUAUAUAGGCAAUGCCUACUUCAACAAAAUGGAUCAAACUCCAAAAUUAUGUGUUCUGGUGAAAGUAAGAAUAUUCAGCAGCCAGGAAACUAUUUUUUAUGUCCUGUAGUCAGAUGUAUUAUUAAAUGCAAUUAUUAGGGAUGCGAGUCAUUAAGAAUUCCUAAAACGAUGAUUCUUUUGGUGAUUUUUCUGAAAACAUUAUGAGAUUAUUUCAGCAGAAGAGUAUAUUUAUUCACAUUGAACAUGAACUUGUUCACACUUCCACAUCAACGGAAAUUUGUUUGUUUGUUUGUUUGUUUUGCGCGCGCACCCUGGCGCUGCAGAUACAUUCUGUGAACACACCUAACAUGCGCUUUAAAGUCGCAUGGAUUUUGAAUAUCUGUUGAUGUUUUAUCGUUCAUAUCGCUGGAAAACUCGCCCUGAAAUACUAUUUUAACAACUAUUUAGGGUCCACAUCAAUCAACAGACAAUGGCGUUUAAUAUACGUUCGAGAUAAAACAUAACUGCGCGUGAUUUGCGUUCUUUGAAAGCUAAUCGCAGCGCGCGCUUUACUGUCUGGUGGAAUUUGAUUGGCUGUCAAUAUUUUACCGUUCAACGUAAUUUGAAUGUCGUGAUCCCAUUCCCAACAAUACCAUUCCUCCGCGUCGUUGUCGGUUAGCACGGUUUUAAUUUAAAACUUUGUGGUUUUACAGUAGUUAUCGUUCUUGACGUGAAUUGGAGAGUUUGAAAGGCCUGACAUGAAUGAUAUUUACCCACAAUGGGGGGAAACUACUUGUUUUAUACGAAAGUUGUAGUGUAACGUUAAGUCUAUGUCUAAAGUUUUUCUAAUCAAUAACUGUGAAGUUUGAAAGAAAGAUCUUUCACAGAGCAUCUCUUCACACAGUAAGUUAACGCUAACGUUAUUUGUUCAUUCUUUUGUAAAUAACAACUUGAUAGACGUCGCUAAGUCGUUAAUUUCUUUUAUUGCUUCAUUUAUUCAUGUUACACAGGUAGAGAUAGGCUACUGAGUGAGAGCAAACCAACAUUUGUUAUCUCACAAAAUCGUAACGCUCUUUCAGAAGUUAUCUUUCUUUUGCUUAUUUAUCAAGCCAAAUGAGUGUCAGGAGAUGAAUUUGUUGUGUGUAUUUGGAAAUCAACAGUAUUUGUGUUUUGAAAUAAAUAUAUAAUAUUUUUCUUUUGAA